AUGCUACUUUCUUUCAUUCUUUUUUCUUUUUUCUUUCUUUCUUUCUUUCAUUCUUUUUUUUUCUUUUCAUUCUUUCUUUUCUUUCUUUUUUUUCAUUUUUCUUUUCAUUUUUCUUUUUUUUUUUUUUCAUUUCUUUUUUUUUUUGUUUUUUCAUUUCUUUCUUUUUUUGUUCUUUCUUUUUCUUUUUUAUCUCUUUCUUUAAAUCAUUUUCUUUUUUUUUUUCUUUCUUUUUUCUUUCAUUUUUCUUUCUUUCAUUUUCUUUUUGUUCAAUUUUCUUUUUUUCUUUCUUCUUUCAAAUUCAUUUUCUUUCUUUUUUUCUUUCUUUCUGUCAUUCAUUUUUCUUUUUUUUUUUUUUUUUCAUCGUUUCUUUUUUUUUUCAUUUUGUUCAAUGUUCAAUCUCUUUCUUUGGUAUGCUUUUCAAAAUUCUUUCUUUCUUUUCUUUCUUUCUUUCAUUCUUUCUUUCUUUUCUUUCUAUUUUUUUCUUUCUUUCUUUCUUUCAUUUUGUCAUUCUUUUUUUCAUUUCUUUCUUUCAUUUUUUUUUUUUCUUUCAUCUUUUUUUCUUUUCUUGUUUUCUUUCAUUUUGUUCAAUGUUCAAUCUCUUUCUUUUGGUAUGAUACUUUCAAAUUAUUCUUUCUUUUUCUUUCUUUCUUUUUGUCAUUCAUUCUUUCUCUCUUUCAUUCAUUUAACUUUCUAUUUUUUUCUUUCAUCGUUUCUUUUUUUGUUUCUUUCAUUUUGUUCAAUGUUCAAUCUCUUUCUUUGGUAUGCUACUUUCAAAUCAUUCUUUCUUUCUUUCUUUCUUUCUUUCUUUCUUUUCUGUCAUUCAUUCUUUCUCUCUUUCAUUCAUUUAACUUUCUAUUUUUUCUUUCAUCGUUUCUUUCUUGUUUCUUUCAUUUUGUUCAAUGUUCAAUCUCUUUCUUUGGCAUGCUACUUUCAAAUCAUUCUUUCUUUCUUUCUUUCUUUCUGUCAUUCAUUCUUUCUCUCUUUCAUUCAUUUAACUUUCUAUUUUUUCUUUCAUCGUUUCUUUCUUGUUUCUUUCAUUUUGUUCAAUGUUCAAUCUCUUUCUUUGGCAUGCUACUUUCAAAUCAUUCUUUCUUUUCUUUUUCUUUCAUUCAUUUCUUUCUAUUUUUUCUUUCAUCGUUUCUUUCUUUCUUUCAUUUUUUUCAUUCAUUUAACUUUCUUUUUCUUUUUUCUUUUUUUUUUUUCAUUUCAUUUCUUUUUUUGUUUCUUUCAUUUUGUUCAAUGUUCAAUCUCUUUCUUUGGUAUGCUACUUUCAAAUCAUUCAUUUUCUUUUUUUCUUUCUUUCUUUUUUUUUUUUCUUUCUUCAUUGUUUUUUUCAUUUUUUCUCUUUCAUUCAUUUCUCUUUCUUUUCUAUUUUUUCUUUUCUUUCGUUUCUUUCUUGUUUCUUUCAUUUUGUUCAUUGUUCAAUCUUUUUUUCUUUUUUUUUUUAUUCUUACUUUCAAAUCGUUUCUUUUUCUUGGUUUCUUCUUUCAAUCUCUUUUUCUUUCUUUCUUUCUUUCUUUCAUUCAUUCUUUUCAUUCUUUCAUUCAUUUAACUUUCUUUUUUUUCUUUCAUCGUUUCUUUCUUGUUUCUUUCAUUUUGUUCAAUGUUCAAUCUCUUUCUUUGGUAUGCUACUUUCAAAUCAUUCUUUCUUUCUUUCUUUCUUUCUUUCUUUCUGUCAUUCAUUCUUUCUCUCUUUCAUUCAUUUAA